ACUGUUUCAGAUGAGUGAACCAGUAAAAUUUGGUGAACAUUCCAAGUCACGUCAAGAGGAAGAUUUUUCAAUCAAACCCCAAAAGUUUACUCCUCGCUUAAAUACCUCAGAAUGGCCUUUAUUGCUUAAAAACUAUGAUAAACUUCAUGUUCGUACUGGACACUACACGCCUGUCGUUCAAGGAUGUUCUCCGCUUAAGCGUGAACUAAAUGAAUACAUAAGAUAUGGAGUAAUAAACCUUGAUAAACCAGCAAACCCUUCUUCACAUGAAGUAGUCGCUUGGAUUCGUAAAAUUCUUGAAGUCGAGAAAACCGGGCAUAGUGGCACAUUAGAUCCUAAAGUUACGGGCUGCUUGAUCGUUUGUAUUGAUCGAGCUACUCGUUUAGUUAAAUCUCAACAAAGUGCAGGCAAAGAAUAUGUGUGUGUUGUUCGAUUCCAUGAUGCAAUUGAAUCUGUCAAAAAGUUCUCUUCUGCUUUGGAGACCCUUACUGGUGCACUUUUCCAACGACCACCGUUGAUUUCCGCAGUCAAACGACAAUUACGCAUUCGUAAUAUUUAUAAUAGCAAUUUGAUUGAAUUUGAUAAUAACCGUCAUCUGGGCGUGUUUUGGGUGAGCUGUGAGGCUGGAACCUAUAUUCGUACUCUUUGUGUUCACUUGGGGCUUAUUCUCGGCGUUGGGGCGCACAUGCAAGAACUUAGACGUGUUCGUUCAGGUGCAAUGUCCGAAAAUGAUGAUAUGGUUACAUUGCAUGAUGUGUUAGAUGCUAUGUGGGUCCAUAAAAGUACUAAAGACGAGUCUUAUCUUCGAAGAGUUAUUCGACCACUUGAAUCUCUCUUAAUAACAUAUAAACGGAUUGUCGUUAAAGAUAGUGCUGUUAAUGCUAUAUGCUAUGGUGCAAAGUUAAUGAUACCAGGUCUUCUACGGUACGAAGAAGGGAUUGAAAUUAAUGAAGAAGUUGUUCUUAUGACUACAAAAGGGGAGGCCAUUGCUCUUGGAAUAGCUUUGAUGACAACCGUAGUUAUGGGAACCGUUGAUCAUGGUGUUGUCGCAAAAAUAAAACGAGUCAUUAUGGAGCGCGAUACCUACCCGAAAGUUUGGGGAUUAGGGCCUAAGGCUAUGGAGAAAAAAAAGAUGAUCUCCGAAGGUAAAUUGACUAAAUUCGGUCGGCCCAAUGAGAAUACACCGGCAGAUUGGAAAAAAUCUUAUGUUGAUUUAAGUGGAACUGGAGACAACAGUACACCAGAUGUAACACAAAUGAUAGGCCUAAUACCUACGACAACUGAACGUAAGGAUACUACUGCAUUAAUACAAGAAAUUGAUACUACGCCUAUGGAAGCAAGGGAAGAAAAAGCGAAGAUUGCAGAAGACUCUCCAGAAGAAGGAAAAAUAUCCAAAAAAGAAAAAAAGCACAAAAAACCAAAAAUUCGUGAAGAAAAAUCUCACCACACUAAGAAGUUGGACGAUGGUGAUGAUGAUGGAAAGCCUGAAGGGUCAACUAAAGAUAAACCAAAAAAAUCGAAGAAAGAGAAAGAGAAAGGAAAAGCGAAAGCUCCGAGUUGUUAG